GUCCAGCCGCCCUGCGAGGUCCAGCUCCUCCUGUAUCCCACAAUCCCUCACUUGGAGGACUGGCUUGGCCCCAGGACGGGGGGGGCGCGCGGGGUUGCAGACCCUCUGCCCUCUUGCCGCCUUUGUGAUCUUUGGCGUUGGAGGUCUCCCAGGUCGUCCAGCGCUUUCCUCGGGCAACAGGGCAACCGAGUUGAAGGAUCACAGCAACAGAAUCUGGUCCAGCCCCACUUUGACGAAGUCUGUUCACCCUUCGCACCGCACAGUAAUUCAUCGGAGGGGGAUCGCAAGGGAACUCUCUCUCAGUUUUUCUCCCCCCCACCACCGCCACGCUGUCCACCAUAUCUCAAUUCAUUCAUUCCGGGAAGCGAUCUCACUGUGACAGGGGCUCCGAAAUCUUGAUCAAAUCGGCUGGGAUAAGCCUGUGAGACUGAGGAAAGGUACUGAAGAAGCAGUUUGGUGACUGAUUGAGCAACCGGAGGUGAAGAUGAAGAGGAACAUGCUGGCACUAACCUACAGGGAUAUCCUCUGCACACUGUUUCUCUGCCUCACCUGCUCAGCACAGAAGCUGCCCGGGAGGGACCCGAAUCUUGUGCAAUCUCUUUACAAUCGGCUUCCAGCCCAGGACCUGCCUGCCAUCCCAGAUGGAGCUGAAAUUGCUGGGUUUCUCAUGAGAGAUAUCCCAAGGAGAUACUACUUCAUAGUGGAGGAGGACAUCUCUCCUGUCACAGUGACAGUCACACCAUGUGAAGCCCCUUUACAAUGGACCCUCACUCUUCAAGUGCUUCCGGACCAACCCCGCGGAGAGGGAUCAGGUGAGUCCGAGCAUCUUCACUUACAGAUGGAUCCCCAGCCUCCUGUCAGUGGAGAAAGUGUGGAAUUGUUUUCCUAUCGAGGUAAUGACGUUGAAUCUUAUGCUGCUGCCGAAAGUCCGGCUGGUAUCUACAGCCUGGAGUUGGUGUCCAUUGAGAGGGACACCAUUUUCAACAUCUACGCCACAACCACCCCUGGAUCUGAUCAAGCGUACCCCAAACUGCCCAGCGACCCAAGGCUGGGCGUGACCUUUGUACAUCACACCAGCAUGUCCCUGGUGUGGAAGCCAAGUCCAACCAUCUCCCAAUUGCAGCAGCCUGCUCAGUACUGUGUGGUCAUCAACCGGGAGCACAAUUACAAAAGCCUCUGUGCUGUUGAAGCUAAACUUAGAGAAAGCACUCAUUCCAAAAGGGUGUGGUGGCCUGAUAUGGACCGGGGAAUGCCAGAGUCUCUGCGCCUCAAUGCUAUGGUCAAUCACCCAACCUUUAGUGCUCGGUCCACUACGUUCUCAACCGAUCGCCAGGGAGAAAUUCGGAAAACCUGCACUGGGACCAAACAUGUCCUUACUGUGUCCCACCUCAGGCCCAGCACCCAGUAUUAUGUAGAUGUCUUCAUUGUGAAUCUGCUGACCAAUAUCAGUGCGGCCUACAUCGGGACGUUUGUGAAGACCAAAGAUGAGGUCAAACACAAUGUGUUGGAGCUGAAGGGUGGUCGAGUGAUGGAGAUCCCCAUCAAACCAGGUGCUUCCAGAACCUUACAGUACAGGCCAGUGUCCUCUCACUACGUGGUCACUGUCUCCCUUCAUUCCUGCUACCAGCCGGUCCGUGUCCAAAUCAGGCAGAACCGAAGGUUAGUGGCAAACCAGCAUGUGGAGGGAGUGAAACAUUUCCAAUUCGUCGGCAAGCCUAAAGCCAGGUACCAGCUCCGUCUCAAAGCCGACAAAACAGGCCGGACCUUAGUGAAAGUUCACAUGACCACUCACCGUGACAAACAGCCCUUCCCCAGCCUGCCCCGAGACACCCGACUCAAAGUCUUCGACCGACUGCGGAGCUGCUCGUCUUUAACUGUCGCCUGGCUCGCCACGCGGGAGCCAAACAAAUACUGUAUCUACAGGAAGCGGGUCACGGACCGGGAGACCUCUAGCGAGCUGCAAAACCAUUGCCUUGAUCCAACAACACGGAGCAAGUCGGAGAAAGUGAGCUGCCAAUAUUUCAGCGGCUCAAGCUCUCAGAAGGCAGUGAUGACGGAACGUGUGGAGGGUCUGGAGCCUGGGACAACCUACCAGCUCGACGUCUAUGUGAUAGGCCAAGGGAGACAUUCAGUGAAGUACCAGAGCAAGAAAGUGAGAACAAGGAUGACAUGCUGAUGUACAGGAUAGUGAGGUCUUCACCCUCGUACUUUCCUCAGCCCUUCUUACCUUGAAGAAUUUCAAACCGCAGGUUUGGAAGGUUACUGGGCUUGAUGAGGAGACCCUUUAGCCAUCUGCUUUAUCUUGUCCUAUCACCUGCUAUCUUCAAAUUCAGGCAGUGACCUUCCACCUUAGGUUAAGUCACCUAAGGGUCUUCUGUUCAGGAAAAGAGAGACAA